GUCGCCGCCGUCGAGCACCACGCCGUCGAACUCCGCGCCGUCGCCGUUGCCAUCGUCCGCGCGCUCGCCGUCGUCCACGCCGUCGAGCACCGCGCCGUCGAACUCCUCUCUCUCUCCGCGCGCGCCGGCAGUGACAUUGAGCUAUGGCGGACGGCACCUUCGUCCGAGAUGAGGAGGGGGAAGAAGCGGUGCAGAAAUUGAUAUAUGAGAGUGCCCGUGGGGCUGAUGGAGAUGAAACAGAUUUUGCCGACUUUCUGAAUGAUUUCGGCGAGGGACUUGAGUCCGAACAAGUUAGAAGAGACAACGAAGUUUCCAUAACAAACUCCGCCGAGCCUUCUGGAACAUCGAGCAAGUCUGUUAAAACAAAACGAGGCCCGACGCGAGUUCUAAAGGGCGAGGGUAGGUUAGCCCUCACGGCAUUUAAGGAUAAUGGUGAACCGGUGCAUCCCAAAGAUCACUGCACCAAAUUUACAAGUCAAGCUGGAGUUCUUGUUAGGGACCAUGUACCGAUCAGCAUUCGAGAGUGGCAUAAGCCGAAGAAAGCGGACAAUGAAGCUAGUUAUGUCAACGACGCGAUGAAAAAGUUUCUUUGGGAAACUCUGCUGACACGCUUCAGCCUACCGGAAGACAUGACGGAAGGCCAGAAGAAUAAAGUCAAGGAAUGGACUCUCAAGAAGAUGGCCAUACAAUUCCAGACUUGGAAGAAAAAUUUAUGGGACAAAUAUAAGAAUGAAGAUCCAGUAUUCGAUGAUAAUCUAGUGAAGAUAAAGGAUCACUGGCAAGAAUUUAAGAGGUAUAAGCAAUCGUCUACUUUUGUGUCUCGAUCGGUCACAAAUAAGAAAAAUGCUGCAAAGAAGACAAUUUGGCAUCAUAUGGGGUCAGGUGGCUACAAGACUGCCAUUCCGAGGUGGAUAGCGUAUGAAAAUGAACUGAUGGCUGCAGGAAUCACUCCACAGACAUGGGACUGGCCCGAACGGUCCAAGUUCUGGUUGUUCGCGCAUGGGGCAGGGUUGGACCCAAAGACAGGGCUGAUCGUUGCGGAGGGAAAAUGGAAGGAAAAGAUUGAGCAAAUCGUACCGAAGCUUGUAGCUGCAAUUGAACAGGUUCGAAAGGGAGAGUACAUUCCCGAUAGAGAGAAUGACGAGCUGACACUCGCUCUGGGGAAUCCUGAACACGUUGGACGGGUACGAGCUCGCCCAGGUCUCACCAUGAAGGAAGCGUUCCCGAGUCCGCCGACACUUAUAGAAGCCGCGUUCUAUUGA